AUGUCGGUGACACGCAACAUCACCGAAAGCCGCCUACUUCGACUACCUCCUGAAGUCCUUCUCCUCAUGAGGGAAGAUGAUUCUCUUGAUCUGGGUAAGCGAGUGCUCAGGGCCAGAGACCCUUUCUUCUUUCGCAAUGCAUGCUUGCACGCUGACGUGGAUAUAUUGAUCGAGUAUCUGAAUAAAGAUGCGACUCCAACUGGUAUCGUUUGGGAAAGUCCUCAUCGUUCAGCAGGGGAUUAUGUAGUCGAUGGAUUCCGAGCGGGUAACUUCUCUGUUGAACGAUUCAAGCAAACCUGGCAGUGGUUGUCAGACCAUGGAUACGAGCUUAGUUACUCGGUUAAAAAUACUGGGGAUGCUCCCGGACGUUAUCGUCCUUUCUCUGCGGACCUUCUGUUCAUGGUAUGGGACGCCACUGAUGCUGGACGUCUUCAAGCAAUUUGCGAUGUCAUCCACUUCGUUGUCGAUAAGGGUAUGAUGUUUCCAAGCUUUCUCGAAUACUCGUUCGAGGCAGAGCGGGAGCCAAUGUGUAGAACUUUGAUAGGAUUUAUGAUGGCUAUUCACUGCCCGGCUUCCAUCCUGAAGCUGCUCUUGAAGCGGCUCCAUGACCAAGGCUUGACCCUGAAGAGUCUCACCAACAAUCAGGUUUAUAAAGGCGAAACCACGGAGAUCUCCGCGUUCCUAUGGGAAAUGUUUAGAUACAUUUUCGAUUCAAUCCCCCCUAUGUUAGAAGAGGAUGACGGGGACAAGGCCAGGGUGCUGCUCAGACUUGAGGAUCCCAACGGAAUAGCAGACAAAUUCGGGGACAAGGUCAAGGCGCUGAUCGAAUACAAGUCUGUUGAUGAUGUUGAAGCGCGGGUCUUGAAAGAUAUUUGGGGAGGUCUUCAGAAGAUGGCGCGCAAAAGAAUCGAACGAGGCUUCCUCGAUUUUGACCAAGAUGGGCUCUGGUACUGGCGCGAGCUAAACAUGUCAAUUGCAUAUCUUGCUAUCGAACGGACAGUCCUGACACAAAGGCCUUUGCACAGUCAGGAUCCCUACCCUAUUCACGCAUUUGAACUCCAUCACCAAGGUUGGUACCCCCCAGAACAGCUAAGCUGGAUGAGAAUGUUUCUUGCAGAUCGCAGAGGGAGAAUUGAAGCUUCAAAAUUCGGGGACAGAAGUAUAGGUGACUGGUGGACCAUGCCCCUUUGCGACUGGGACUUUUUUGUCCCACCACACAAGUUUUUCUGCAAGGGUUAUCGUGAGCACAGAGCAACUGAAGAAGUCUGGUCGAGAAUGAGGGAUGAGGCGCCGGAUCCCAUACCUUGA